AUGGCAUCCCAUACAAUUGUUCUCGUCACCGGUGCAAACAGUGGCAUAGGCUAUGAAGCAGUAAAGGCCUUUCUUCAAUCUACCAAACCAUAUCAUAUUCUUUUCGGUGCUCGUUCUUUGGAGAAAGCUCAAAUUGCAAUUGAUGAUUUGAAGAAGGAAGUCCCGGAGUCUAAGAACACAAUUGAAACACUCGAGGUUGAUCUUGUGAGUGAUGAGAGUAUUGAAAAGGCCUUUAAGAUGGUCAAGGAGAAGCAUGGGAGGGUUGAUUCAUUGGUUAACAAUGCCGGCGCAACCUUUGAUAUCGCAUACAUUAACGGCAAAGGAACACUCCGUGAAUGUUUCAACAAUGCCUACGACGUUAAUGUAGCCGGUACUCACGUCCUAACCUCCACAUUCAUACCCCUCCUCUUCAAAUCCCCUGAUCCUCGUCUAAUAUUCGUCACUGGCUUAUCAGCCAUCAAUCAAGCCGCGCAAAAAUAUUUCCCAACACCUCCACAAGCAGCUGGAUGGCCAAAGAAAAUCGGCUUCGAGACAAUCGGUUAUCGAUGUUCGAAAACGGCACUUAAUAUGUUGAUGUUGGAUUGGAAUCAUAAGUUGAAGGCGGAUGGAGUAAAGGUUUGGGCUGUGGGUCCCGGGAUGUGUGCUACGAAUCUCGGGGGGCUGGGUCCGGAGCUUGCGUAUAAGAUGGGGUGUGAACAUCCUAGUAGGGGGGGAUUGAUUAUUAGGAGUGUGGUUGAGGGAGAGAGAGAUGAGGAUGUUGGGAAGAUUGUAGGGAAGGAUGGUGUUGUUGAUUGGUGA